AUGAUAACGUCAGUGAUUUCUAUAGCUUUAUUUAUCGGCUGCGUUAAUUCAGUUCAAGUGACAAUUGAAGAAGGUAUUGUAGAAGGUGUUGAGGUUAAUAAUCAUUAUGGAAGUCCAUACCACAGCUUCAGAGGGAUACCUUACGCUGAACCCCCUCUAGGAGACUUACGAUUCAAGGCCCCUCAACCUUUCAAACCAUGGACUGGUGUGAGGCAAGCUAAGGAGUAUGGAUCUGUUUGCUUUCACUAUAAUUUGUUCAUCGUACCAUAUCCUCCUCCUAUGGGCAGUGAAGAUUGUCUCUUUAUUAAUGUUCACUCGCCAAAUGUUACAUCACAAGAACUAUAUCCAGUUAUGGUUUGGAUCCAUGGAGGAGGUUUUAUCAGCGGUAGCGGCGAUGAAUAUGAGCCCCAUUUUUUAAUAAGAAAGGGAGUGAUUUUAGUCACUUUUAAUUACCGACUAGAAGUUUUAGGCUUUCUCAGCCUUGGAACAGAAGACGCCCCUGGAAACGCAGGAAUGAAAGACCAGGUUCUAGCUAUGCGUUGGGUUAAGAAAAAUAUCAGAAAGUUUGGAGGAGAUCCUGACAACAUCACUAUAUUUGGAGAAAGUGCAGGUGGUGCAAGUGUUUCAUACCACCUGAUCUCACCGAUGACAAAAGGUCUUUUUAAACGAGCAAUAACCCAAAGUGGAACUGCUAACAGUUGGUGGCCAAAUACAUACAGAGCAAGGGAAAGAGGUAUUCAACUCGCGCGGGAAAUGGGUAGCAACGCAACGGAUAUUAAAGAUAUGUAUGAGUUUUUAAAAAUACAACCUGUUGAGGCUUUUGUCAAAAGUAGAAUAGUCGUCACAUACACACAGGCCACCAAAGAAUCACCAAACGUUUAUUUCGGAAUUGUAUCAGAGGAAAAUAUUGCCGGUAAUGAAGUUUUCUUCCAAGGCGACGUGUACGAUACAAUGCGAAAUGGAAUCCAUGAAGGUGUUGACGUUAUAAAUGGAUAUACAGAAGACGAAGGCACACUCUACAUAGCGACAGGAACAAAUAUACCUAGAAUAUUCGAGCAGGCUAAUCAGUUCUAUGAGUUUUUUGUACCCGAACCACUUACAUUACACGUCCCUCUCGUUGAACAAACAAAAAUCGGUAAAGAUAUGAAAGAUAAAUAUAUGAAAGGUGCUAUAGUUUCAAGGGGAAAUGUUGACGACCUACUGAAAUAUUUCGCAUUUGAGAAUUUUGUUUACGGUGCUCUCUCUUGGCAGAAAUUUGUAGCUAAAAAUAAUAAUAACAAUAAAAUAUACUUGUAUAAAUUUACAUGUAAAACAGAGAUGAAUUUAGCUAUCAAUGCAUCUGCUGAGGCUGCAGCAUUGUUCCCACAUAGAAUAUUAGUCGGACAUGCAGAUGAUCUUCCUUACUUCUUCCCCUUUGGAGAAGAUUUGGUAGAUAUGAAUUCUGAAACAUUUCAGAUCAUUGACAGGGCGACGACGCUUUGGACAAAUUUUGCUAAAUACGGAAAUCCUACUCCAGACAACAGCCUAGGAAUAACCUGGUCACCUUAUUCCUUAGAAUCGGAAGAUUACUUAGAUCUAGGCAACGUUUUAGCCGUUGGAAAAACACCAGAACAAGAAGAAUUGAAGUACUGGGAAGAUUUGUUUAAUGAGUACUAUCCCCAUGUGGUGCCAUUAAAUAAUGCUCAUCACUUAAUGACCUCAAGGUUUAACGUUUACGCAUUUAGUGUUAUUAUCGGCUUAUAUUCAACUAUACAUUUAUUUUAA